AGUACUGAAAAUUUGCUCCUGCACUCUCUGUUUGUUUUGUUCUUUUCUUUUUGUGUGUGUUUGCUCCAAAGCUAUCCUCUAUCUGACAACUGAAAGCUAAUUCCUGUCAAGGUGUAGAGAUUGUUGAAAUGAGCUUUACCUCUUUAAACAAAGCCUUUGCUGCUCCAUAAGAAAUGAAAUGUCGCUUCAAAAGCUGUUUCUUUUUUGCUAAUUUACUUUACUCUCCACAUCACUCAUGGAACCUUGAUUCUGCAAAUACAUAACAGUUUGAGAUCUUUGAAUCGGUUGAUUCGGAAGGGUAACUCCUGGUUGUCAAAGCACAAGUUCCAUUCUUUACAUGGAGCUAUAACCAAGAUGAAUGUUACUACUCACAGAAAUCUGCAGUAAAUAUAGUGCCCUAGAAGAUGUAUGCUACAAUAUUCAAGGUUCCAGUUCUGGCCUUACAUUAAGCUAGGGAUCAUCUUCUGGCUCAUCAUACCAGACUUUGGACGAGCUUUUUAUGUCUAUAAUAACCUUAUUCGGUCAUGCAUCUCCAUAAAUGCACAAGCAGUCAUAUGCAGGUUAAAUAACUGGAGGAAGUUUUUUGUCAAGAAAGAUAACUUUUUACUGCAUGCAGAGAGAUACAUACAAGAGAAUGGAACUGAAGCCUUGGAGAAGCUCAUAGCUAGCGAGAGCACAACUUGUAAACAUGAUGCAGAAACGACAAAUGCAGUUAGAGCUAUUGAUAAUAAAGAAGUGCAACAGACAAGUGGAAAAAAACUCCAAGCAGAGCACAAAGACAUCGGGGAUUUGGAGGAGAUUGAGAAGAAAGAAAUUUCUGUAGGCAAGCAAGCUAUUCCUGCCAUACCUAACCUUGAACCAAAUCAGAAGAACUCUUCAUCAGCCAUGGUGGAAGGCACAGCUGGUGGACAGCUUCCUCAGAGUUCUACUUCUAAAAAGGAAGUACAGAAAGAGUGGGCUUGCGCUUUAUGUCAAAUAACAGUUACUAGUGAGAAAACCUUGGAUAGCCACGUACAUGGAAAAAAACACAGGGCUAGUUGUGAAGCUCUAAAAGCAAAAAAUCAACCUGUUCCACAGAAGCAGAAAAAUCAAUCCAAAGAGGAAGUGAAACAGAAGAACGUUAUCAAUCAGAAAAAUUCUCAAACCAAGAAUGGAGAGAAGGAAAAAGAAAUCAAGGAUCACAAGGUACAAGGACAGCAAAGGAACCCAAGUGAACCUGUUGGUAUGAAUCAAUCCAAAAUUAGAUGUGAAGUAUGUGAUGUUACUUGCCCUAAUGAGGUUGCUAUGAUCGCCCACUUAAAUGGGAAGAAGCACUUGGCUAAAAUUAAAAAUUUAGUCUGAAAUAAGUAUAUAUUUACUAAGUGGUAGAUGAGUUUAGGUUGAUGCAACAAGUGUUGAAAUGUCAAUAGGGAUAUUGCUUGAAAUUUCAAAGAAAGACCGUGUAGAGAGCCUGCAUAAUUAGUAUUUUAGUGCCACCUUGUUCCAUAUGAUUCAUAUAUGCAUCGUUCAAAGUUACUUCUUUAUUUCUGGAAUUUCUAGUUCACAACUUCACUGUUUACUUUUGUUGGAGACAGCAUAUUAU